CCCCGGUCCCGUCGGUCUCCCCAUGCGUCACACACAGUCCACUCACAGGCCAUUUCUUUGCCCGCUCCUGCCUCUCUUCACUUCUUGGGAUCAUGCGUCUCUGGCUUGGUGACCUGCCGACCCAGCUGACCUAACGACAGCUCCUGCCUGAGGUGGUGAGCAACCAUGGGUGCUGCCGCCAGGAAUGAGGCCGCUGCUGCUGCCACUGUUGAGCAGCAGCUUGCCCAUUCAGAGCCUACAUCGGCGACCGCUGUCAAUGUUGUUGGCGACGGCAACGACAAGUCGAGUGCACCGGCCAAAGACGACAAGUCUGUAAGUUGUCUACCAGGUCCCCAGUAUUCGCGACGCGUGCCAUCAUCGACUUACACGUCGCGUUGAACACAAAGCAGCCCCGGGGCGACUUCUUUACCUACUUCCGCCUGCUCUUCUACGCCAAUCCGACAUGGUUCGACAUCCUCCUCCUUGUUGUCGGCACCAUUGCCGCCGCCGGCUCCGGCGUUCCUUUCCCCAUUAUGGGCAUCAUCUUUGGUGACCUGCUCGACAAUCUCAACAAGGCAUCCUGUGAGGUCAACAACUCUCAGCCCACUGGCGAUAUCCAGUCCGACACCAACAAAAAGGUUCUGCUCAUCGUCUACAUCGCCAUCAGCAGCCUAGGAUCCAUCUUCAUCUACGCCGUCUCCUGGGGUCUCUUUAGCCGUCGCCUCGAAGCGCGCAUCCGAGAUCGAUACUUUCGAGCCCUUCUUCGACAGGAUGCCACCUUCUACGACAAGCGUCAGGCUGGAGAGCUGACCUCGAGGCUCAACGCCGACAUACAAGCCGUGCAAUCUGGCACAUCCGAAAAGGUCGGCAUUUGCAUCGGCUGCUCCUCCUUCUUCAUAUCCGCAUACGUCGUUGCAUUCAUCCGGGACACAACCCUCGCCGCCAUCCUCAUUUGCCUGAUUCCAGCCUUCUUCAUCAUGGCCGGCAUUGGCAGUACCUUCACGACGAAAUUCGCGACUCGCAUGUCGGAUGCUAUUGCAUCUGCGUCCUCCGUUGCCCAGGAAACACUGUCGCAUAUCGCUGUCGUCCAGGCUUUUGGCGCUGGUCCCCGCCUCGAAGGAAAGUUCGCCUCCCGAAUGUUGCAGGCCCAAGGGCACGGCGUAAGGAAGGCCAUUACGGCCGCCGUCCAGGCCGGAUCCAUCUACUUCAUUGCCUACUCAGCCAAUGCACUUGCAUUUUGGCAAGGCAGCAGGCAAAUUGCCGACAUCGUUGAGAAGGGAGACAACUACGUCUCAGUCGGUCGGGUGUAUACUGUUGUCUUUCUUAUUGUCGAUGCCUGUGUGAUUCUUGGGUCCAUUGCUCCUCUUCUGCCGCUUCUCGGUAAUGCCGCCGCAUCCUUCAAGAAGCUCCGCGCCGACAUCGACGCCCCGUCUGCCAUUGACUCUCAGGCCGACACAGGAGAGAGACUCCCAACCUCGAUCUCUGGAACGGUCAAUUUCCAAGACGUCACCUUCGCCUAUGUGUCUCGACCCGACCAAUCGGUACUUAAGAAGGUGUCCUUCACUUGCCCUGCCGGAAAGCACACCGCCCUAGUUGGACUGUCAGGAAGUGGAAAAUCGACAGUUGCCGGUCUCACUUGUAGAAUCUACGACCCAACCGAGGGCACGGUUUAUCUGGACGGCCAUGACCUGCGCACACUGAAUGUGAAGAAUCUCCGGAGCUUCAUGAGCUUAGUGCAACAGGAACCGUCGCUGUUGGAUCGCUCCAUCCUGGAAAACAUCGCUCUGGGUUUGCUCAAUUCUCCAUGGCCGGCACACCAGCGCUUCCAAUCCGUUAUUCUUGGCACGGACUUGGCAGAUGUUGCCACGAGCGUCAGAGCCGGUAAGUCCUUGGAUGAGGCUGCCCAGUCUAAGGGCCAGGAUAUGGUAGACCUGGUUAAGUUGGUUCGGGAGGCCGCCGCCCUGGCCGAUGCGUCCGGCUUCGUCGAUAGACUCGACAACGGCUAUGGAACCCAGGUCGGAACUGGUGGCAAACUCGUCAGUGGAGGCCAGAGGCAGCGACUUGCACUCGCGCGUGCCCUGAUUCGAGAUCCCAAGAUUCUCAUUCUCGAUGAGGCGACCGCUUCUCUAGACUCGGCCAGCGAACAUCGCAUCCAGAUGGCCAUUGAGUCCAUCGCAAAGGAUAGAACACUCAUCGCCAUUGCACAUCGGCUUUCGACUAUCAAAAAUGCAGACAAUAUCAUUGUCAUGAACAACGGUGAGAUUGUCGAGCAAGGGACUCAUAUACAGCUCAUGGCCCUCAAUGGCGCGUACGCUGGCAUGGUUCGUUUGCAAAACAUUGAGUCCAAGCAGAAUGACGAUACCCCCUCGAUGGCGAGCACCGCGCGUGGGGACUCGGACGCCAUCGAGAAGGAUUCAUUGCUGGAGGAGAAGGCUUUCAGGGCGGAAAAAACAAAGUCCAACGAAGCUGCGGCAGACCCAGAUGCUCCGAGCACGCCAAAUGAACCUGCCAUCAAGGAGCUGGACUCGCACAAAUCCACUGGUCAAAUCAUUAAACAGUUAGCCAAGAUGGCCCGGCCCAACCUCUUGUGGAUCGUUUUUGCAAUAUUUGCCAGUGUCAUUGUUGGUGCGAGUUUCACUGGAUCAGGUCUCAUCUUUGGCAACACAGUCGGCAGUCUGAGCCCUUGCAACACGGCCGAUCACAUUCGAUGGGCAGGACGCUUCUUUGGAGGCUUGUACUUCAUGCUCGCCUGCGUGGAGCUGAUUGCAAACUCCGUCAGCUGGUCAGCCUUUGGCUACGUGGCGGAGAAGCUGCUGUACCGCCUUCGCGUGCUCUGCUUCCGUUCAAUGUAUGAACAGGGGCUGGACUGGCACCAGUCCGGCGGACGGACGCCAGCUACGCUGCUAUCCGUCAUCACCGCCGAUACCGCGGCCAUCGGAGGCUUUAGCGGCUCCAUCAUGGGUACCAUGUUCUCCAUCGUUGUCAACUUCGUCAUCGCCAUCACAGUGUGCCAUAUUCUCAACUGGAAAAUAGCGGUGGUCUGCCUGGUCACGGUGCCUAUUCUCCUGGGUUCCGGCAUCCUGCAACUACGUGCGCUGUCGAGAUUCGAACGAAAGCACGCGGGCGCAUUUUCAACCGCCAUCGGGAUCACAGUCGAAGCUGUCAACUCCUUCAAGACUGUCUCUUCACUGUCACUGGAGCAGGAGAUUCUGGAGAGCUACCGCCGGGCUCUGAGGGCGCCACAGAAGGAGAUGACGCUCGCGAGUGCGCAUGCCAACCUUUUCCUCGCCAUUUCAAACAGCUGCGGCGCAAUGAUCUAUGCAUUCGCGUACUGGUGGGGGUCCACAAGAAUAACCAAAGGAGAGGCCACACCUACACAGUUCUUUGUCAUUCUUAUCUCCAUGCUUGUGAGCGCGCAGUUGUGGGGUAACAUGUUUACUCUGGCGCCGGAAGUGUCACGGGCCCGAGAAGCUGGUUCUCGAAUUCUUAGCCUCUUGGACCUGACGUCGUCGCAGGAUGUGUCGCAUUCCAAGAUCGAGGAGGGUGGUGAGAGCGAGAAGAGAGACGACGUUGAGGCCGUGGCAGAGGCAGCACCAAUAUCCAGCUCGGGAAACCGAGGCGCAACGGUCGUCUUCAAAGACGUGGGUUUUGCGUACCCUGCCAGACCUGACGUGCCUAUCCUGCAGGGCAUGUCGUUCACCAUCCCGGCAGGGCAAUUCUGUGGCCUCGUUGGGCCGUCGGGUGCGGGCAAGUCCACUAUCAUGUCGCUCGUGCAGCGCAUGUACUACCCUACUCGAGGCACGGUUGAGAUCAAUGGGGUCGACAUCUGCGCCCAUGAUGGCACAGACUUCCGCAAUGACAUUGCCGUCGUGCCUCAGGAUUGCGCCCUGUUUGACGGCACCAUCAAGUUCAACGUCGGGCUCGGAUCCAGGCCCCAUCACGAGGCAACGGAUGCCGAGAUUGAGGAGGCAUGCAAGCUGGCCAACAUGCACGAGACCAUUAUGGCGAUGCCCAUGGGAUACGACACAGAGUGUGGACCUAAUGGAUCACGGUUGUCAGGCGGGCAGCGUCAAAGGCUUGCGAUUGCACGAGCUUUGGUUCGAAAGCCUCGCCUGUUGCUCCUCGACGAGAGCACCAGCGCGCUGGAUGCCGAGAGCGAGAAGGCUCUCCAGGAAGGCCUCGAGCGGGCGGCUCGCGGCAUCACCGUCAUUGCCAUCACACAUCGGUUGCACACGGUGCGCAAGGCUGACGUGAUAUUCGUGGUCGAAGGCGGCAAGGUGGUGGAGAAGGGCCGCCACGAGGAGCUCGUCGAGAGGAGCGAGAGCUACAGGGUCAACGCUCUGCAGCAGAUGCUUGACGGCUAGGCAACUGCAGAGCUGGUCUGGCUCGCAUGGGGCACCGUGUUGUAUUAGCGAUAUUUUAAUAGAUUGGGUAGCAUAUAGCAUAUAGACAGGGGCAAGAAAAGCAUUUCUGUUUUUUUGGCGAC